CAGGUGGAAUCCGGGGGACCAUCUGUGCUGCAUUCGAUGACGCCAUUCGCUAGUUUAACCGAACCUUCUCUUGUAAUGCUGGGUGUCGUAAGGACAGCAACCUCCUUAGGGCUAUUCUCAGGGUCGAUACAUGUUUUCCAGCGGUACGAAAAUUUGGUGCCUCCAGGAAUGCCUAACUCAGUCGGCCGGUUCUUAAUUGCAUACUCAAUAUCGCCCUUGUUGAUGGGCGAGGGAACUCCGGUGCCGUAGCAGACUAGAUCGACAGCUGAAGCAGUGCCCAG